AGGUGACCGUCCCACCGCAGUCACAGAUGGGUCGCCACCCGCCACCCCGUCUUCCUUGAGUUCAUAGUGCCACACGCGACCAUUAGGCCGAGUACACUAGCCCGUAAUCUAGGCAUGUACCUGCAGAGAACCAUCGUUUGCCCAAAUUUGGGUGACCAAUCAGGGCUGACGCAAGGCUUACGUCUCUUCUACCUGUUCCUGCUGCUUCCCUCGGUCAUCUUGGGCGUCGAGAGGAAACUAACUUCGAACCUCUUGGACCCGACAUGUCCAGACCCUACAAUUCUCCAUUUCAGGUCAUUGUCCGCUCCAAACGGCGGUCAUGACUCCGCUUUGCCGCCUGACACUUCUGGAAGGCCGCCUCACUCUUCCCAUGAAUCAUGUUGGCCGUAUGUAACAACACCAGCCCCCGCUAUCAUUCGACCAGCCCAACUGCCUUACGUUCUGGCGCCUUACUCUCCACACCUUACAAGGGUCCGGCUCGGCAUCUUGACCCUGUGGGCAUCGCAAAACGUCGAAGCGACAGUCCGUAGGCUCGACGACCCCACCCUUGCGCUUGGGAUCUUGCUUCACUCCCACUUCCCUCAUCGUCCCUCAUGCACAGUCUCUUCUGCGCGCACUGCCACUCGAUUACUUCAUCACUCUGCUGCUAGGGCACUUCCAUUCGUUUCAGCGUUCUUUCGGCACAGGUCCGGGCUCCUUCAAUUUGCGUGGUUAGGCCGGACUUGAAGACUUGGGUUGGGUGGCAUAUUGGGCAGAUUUUGCGUUGAAAAACUUUCUGCGCGUACCAUUAGACGAUCUCCUAGGCAGCUACGACGCGAUAUUGAUCUUCUCGACUCCGAACAACUUCCCUGCUUUCACAAACUGCGUGGUCCAGCAGUCAACGAGAAAGAAUCUACCUACCCUACUGUGGAC